GGCCUGCGGCUCCUUCCGGCCGGCGGCAAGAUGGCGGCAGGGGCGGUGGAGCUGCGGAGGCUACAAUGGCGGCUGGAGGAGCUGGAGCAGCGAGUCGGCGGGGGAGAGGGGGCCAACGGGCCGCGCAAGGUGGCGGACGAGGUGGUGAAGGUACAGGUGGCGCUGAACAACAUCACCGGCAAGAGGGAGAGGAUCAAAAUCCUGUUCAAGAAAAUUGAAGAUGUAAUAAAAUACCUUGAUCCUCAGUACAUUGAUAGGAUGGCCAUUCCAGACGCCGUGAAGCUGCAGUUCAUCUUGGCAGAGGAGCAGGCUAUUCCUUCCCGAGCAGCCCUUCUGGAGCAGGUGAAGAACCUCCAGCCCAUCUUGGACAGCGCUGAUAUCCAAGCGGUUCCCGACCAUGCAGCCAAACUACAGCGACUCUCUCAAAUCCACAUACAGCAGCAGGAACAGCGUCAAGAUCUCACUGACAGUGUCAAGAUGCUCCUUGAAGACUACAACAAAAUGACCCUGCUUCUCUCCAAGCAGUUUGUCCAGUGGAAUGAAAUACUGACACAGCUGGAAACAGCCAAGAAAGUGAAACCUGUGGCAGAGUGACAGCAGAGCCAGCAGUCUAGAGAACCCCGGGGACCCUGCCAGCCUUGGGCGCUCAGGAGAGGCUGCAGCACAGCUUGCAGUGUUGUCCUGCUCGGCAUGAGCAUGCUGCGAGUGAUGUUGCAGGCUCUCGGGGGGGCACCCUGGCUCUGUGGUUGCGCUGCAUCAACCCCCAGUUGAAAGCUCACUACUCCUUAAUAUGCCACUGUUUGCAAAUCUUGCACUUCCCUGAAAUAUGUUUUGGUUUGUAACAUAUUUUAAAAUCCCUUUCUGCUCUUACUGCAGACCAUAGUAAAGUCCUGGAAUGCAAA